UUCCUGUUUUCCUGUACCAUGUGUACUGCAUGUAUUGACAGCAACAUAAUACUCUUCUUUACCUUGACAUCAGUCAAUCUUGUUUCCGACUUCUAUCGAAGCUGAGCACGGAUCCAAGACCAUUCGUAUCUCAUUGCCAUGGCGUUGUUUGCAUCUCGCUUCGCAGGUGGCUCGACAGUGCGUGGCCUGGCAGCGCGAUGCUUCAGCUGCACAAGUGGUACAUUCAGCAGCGCCAGUGAGCCCGCUCGCCAGCAGUUUGAGGAAAUACUCGGUAAGAACCUGGAAGACAUUGAGGCGGCCGGCACUUGGAAGACUGAGCGUGUCAUCACGUCCCGACAGGCAAACAGCGUGCACGUGUCUGGUGUUAGCAAGCCUGUGCUGAACUUCUGCGCUAACAACUACCUGGGCCUCUCGUCUCACCAGGAUGUGAUUGGAGCUGCUCAGCGUGCACUUGACACACACGGUGCCGGCCUCAGCUCUGUUCGCUUCAUUUGCGGCACACAGGACAUUCACAUGGAUUUGGAGCGGAAGAUUGCCGAGUUCCACUCUCGUGAAGCUGCUAUUCUCUACGCCAGUUGCUUCGAUGCCAAUGCCGGACUGUUUGAAGUGAUGCUGACACCGGAAGAUGCUGUGCUCUCAGAUGAGCUGAACCAUGCAUCCAUUAUUGAUGGUAUUCGCCUCUGCAAAGCACAGAAGCAGCGCUACAACCAUAUGGACAUGGAAGACUUGGAGAACAAGCUAGCAGCUGUCAAGUCCAGCUCCCGGAUGAGACUGAUUGUCACUGAUGGUGUGUUCAGCAUGGACGGUGAUGUUGCACCACUGGUGAAAAUCAUGGAGCUGGCUAAGAAGUAUGAGGCACUCGUGUUCAUCGAUGAGUGCCAUGCUACUGGGUUUCUGGGCAAGACAGGCCGAGGUACAGAGGAGUAUCUUGGUAUUCGCAGUGAGGUCGACAUUAUCAACUCUACGCUUGGCAAGGCUCUCGGUGGUGCUGCUGGUGGCUACACAUGUGGCCCAGCCAGUCUCUGCACUCUGCUGCGUCAGAAAUCUCGUCCGUACCUGUUCUCCAACUCUCUGCCACCGCCAGUGGUUGCAUCAGCUAGCAAAGUGUUUGAUUUGCUCAUGCACGACUCGUCGCUGAGUGAGCGUGUGUCCAGCAACACUGAGCUGUUCAGGCGACGUAUGACUGAAGCCGGAUUCAAGAUCAUGGGUGACAACCAUCCAAUUUGCCCGGUAUGGCUCGGGGACGCUCGCUUGGCUUCAGAGUUCUCCGACGAAAUGUUGAAGCGUGGAAUCUAUGUGAUUGGAUUCAGCUUCCCAGUAGUGCCAAAAGGCAAGGCCCGAAUUCGCGUCCAGCUCUCGGCCGUCCACUCAACUGAAGACGUGAAUCGCUGUGUGGAUGCGUUCAUCGAGAUUGGCAAAGAGAAGAAUGUUAUCUAGGUGCUGAUCCACACUGGCUGGGUUUCAGGUCUUGAUUUCAUAGUUCAUAGCUUUCUUUUACAGCUGCUUUUAGCAUAGAAAAAAACUACUAGAAGAAGUGAAGAAGUUCUCUUCCUUGUAUACAAUUCGAAAAUUUCAAUUACCAACCCAUAAAGUUCAAAAUUAUAAUACACAUCUUUCUCAUGAAAUAUAUUUGCUACAACUUGUGUCUUGUGUUAGCGCAAUACCAUAGCUAAAAAGCUAAGAAAGAA